GAGACGGUCUCCCGGCGCUCCGCGCGCGCCGCCUCCUUCCGGCGCGGCGCCAUCGGCGGCGGCAGACAUGGCGAUCCGCUACCCCAUGGCCGUGGGCCUCAACAAGGGCUACAAGGUGACGAAGAACGUGUCCAAGCCCAGGCAGUGCCGCCGCCGCGGGCGUCUGACCAAACACACCAAGUUUGUGCGAGACAUGAUCAGGGAGGUCUGUGGCUUCGCACCCUAUGAGAGACGUGCCAUGGAAUUGCUGAAGGUUUCCAAGGACAAACGUGCUCUGAAGUUCAUCAAGAAGAGGGUUGGCACUCACAUUCGGGCCAAGCGAAAGCGGGAGGAGCUCAGCAAUGUCCUGGCAGCCAUGAGGAAAGCUGCUGCCAAGAAGGAUUGAGCUGUACAACCUGUAACUCAAUAAAGUCCUUUCUUACAGAA